AUGGACAAGGGUACUCUUGCUAGAGUAAGUGUGCGUAACAUUUUUUCCGAUCGUAUGGAAGUCUUGGAUGACAGCCAGCGAACAAUCGUAAGGAAUGUCAAAGGUCCUAUCCGUGAAGGAGACGUUCUUAAUCUCCUGGAAACCGAGCGUGAAGCAAGAAGGUUGCGUUAA